AUGGAACUGUACCUCAGCUCCUGCUCCAAGGCUGCCAAUGUCGCCGCCAACAAAACAGCCACCAGCAACGUGGCCACGGACAGUCAGCAGUGUGGAGACGGAGCCCACAAAACCCAGUUUCCCGGGGUGGGAGCAGCUCAGCUACUGGAUCUGCCCCUUGGGGUCAAGCUACCUGUGAUCCCAGGAAGUGAUUCAAUAUAUUUUACUACGAAUAUAAGUGAAAAGCUUUUUCGACCUUCCUAUGAUUUUAACCUGACUGAUCCUUACUGUCGACUUUUGGAAACCCAGUACAAAAGUCUCCAUGAUCCACAUUUAAGGGAAUAUUAUAAACGCAAAGAUAUCCUCAGGAGAUUAAAGAAAGGUGGCUACAUCACCAGCAAUAAUAAAAUUGUAUGUACCUUGAAAGAAUUGAAUAAGUACAGACAAUAUCUUACCAGCUUGAAAUUAGAUUUUGAAAGAAACUAUUUAAGAGAACAAGAAAUGAUUGCAAAACAACUCCAUAAGCUGCAGCAACGCAAUGAAACAGAUGUUGCACGGUUUCAGAACUGGUUGUUACAGGAGAGCCCCCAGUCUGUUAAGGACCAGGAGCGGUUAUUAAGGCACAGGUACUUAGACAUGAUAAGUAAGGAAUUAGAGCAAGUGGAGCGCACAGCAGAGGAGCAACGCCUGCUCCGAAUGGAUAGAGAAGAGAGACGACAACGAGAAUACACAAGAAAAAAACUGAAUCUUCGUAGAAAAAUUGAGGAGGAGUGGAAGACAAAGGAGAUGUUGCUCCUGACAAAGAUUGGAGAAGACGUUAAAAGAGAGCAGAGAGUAGAAGAACAACGGCGAAAGAGCAGAGAAGAGAGUGACAAAAAGAAGCAAGCCAUGAUAGAGAAAAAAAUGGCAUACCAUUUACAAAAAAUGCAAGACAUAGGAUUUAAAGAAGAUACAGGAAAGAACUCACAUGAAUACGGAGGACAAGAUGGAACAAUCUAUGAAUGUGAGCAUAUUUCUCCAAAGAAGAAAAAGAAAUCUGAUGAAGUUAAAUUAGUUGGUGAACAGAAAGCUUCUAAAGAAUUGAACGGACACACAGGAAAUUCUGCUCAUCAUUCUCAAAGUAUAACAAAAAAUAUUACAAAAAUAUCAACAACUUCAGUAGAUGUACAUAAUACUGUCUCAGAACAAAAGAGAAGUGGAUCAUAUAAUAAAAAAACAAGUGCUCCUGAUGAUAAAGGAACUACGAAUAUAUCUAAUCCAGAUUCAAAUUUUUCAAAUCAAAAUUCACCCACAAGAAAUUACUACAAACAUUCACAGUUAUAUUUGAGUCCUACAAAACAAGAGAAGGAGGCAAAUGAUGAUGAUAACAACAACAACAACGAAAGACCAAGCAAGAAAUCAAGCUGGGUCGGUGACUCAGGUCAGCCUCAGAAGCAAUUAUUAAGGCCCCGUGUUGUUUCUUCUUCUGUUUUCGCAAAUAUACCACAGCAUCUUCUACAAAAUUGCUUGCAUGAAAAAGUAACCUCUGAAGAACUAAAUAGCAUAAUUCACAAUAUAAUGACGUGGGUUGUGGCUACAGUGACUAGUAUAUUAUAUCCAGCCAUCACGAAGUAUGAAGAAAGAUUGAAACAUAAGAGAUACUCAGUGUCUGAUGACUCUGACCUUUCUUCAGAGAGUUCAAGUUUCUGUAGUACAUGCAGUGAAGAGUUCACAUACCGACGCUUCACUCCCACUUCCGCUGUGGCCAAAACAUUUCGAGAAGAGCCUGGUACACCUGUUGACAUGUCAAUGAAAAGACAGACUACACCUUUAAAACCUUCUUCUGACCUUGUAGAAAAAGCAGUUUUAGAGAAAACAGAACAAAGUGAAAGACAAUCUAUAACCUCCCAAAUCGCAUAUAACAGAGCCAGCAUUGUAUCUCCAAUACCAAAUCUCAGGACUAGUAAAUCUGAUAGCCACCUUUUCACACCACUUGACACAGAUACAAAGAUAUCUAAGGAUGCUACCACAGAAACAGAAACCUUAGAGCCUUCAGUGACCAGCGAUAAAAAAACAAAAGCUACAGAUGAGAUGAAGAACUUAAAGAAUGUUUUUGUUAACUUUAAAUGUCACUUGAAAGAGGAAACUCAAACGAUCUUAGAGAGUGUCUUUCAGGAAAUAAUGUCGGACUUAACUCAGGCCAUUCCCUCUCUUUCUUCUGUCACUGCUGAAGUUUAUGUGGAUCCUUCAGAGACUGAUAAAGAAGAAUUUCUCUCUGAUGUUGAUAUAUGCUCAGUAGCUUCUGAGAUUGUGGAAAAUAUGCUUGAGAAGCUCGAGUCUGCUGUUGAGAAAAAGUGUUUUGAGAUGUUUUCGCAAGAAGAUUUGUCAAUCAACAUUGAAACAAGUUUAUCCACGACUGGGGAAUAUUUCACAUCAGUAAGUGGAAAACCUUCAGGAGAGUCUCUGGGCUUUAACUUAGAACCCAUGCGUGACAUUGCAGAGGAUAUGGUGCAUGCGAUUUUAGAAAAACUGUUGACUAUUGCAUCCUGUAAGAGAAGUGAACCUCCAAAUGAAGACACAGUUAAACUUGUCGAUCAGCAACAAAGGAUGGACCCAACAGCUGUCAAGAAGAAAUCCAGUUCUGAACCUGACAUGGAAGCAAAUUUAAUUAAAGAAGAAGUACAAAAUUUAAUAUCCAAUAUAUUUUCCAGGCCCUCUUUGGUUGGUUAUAUAGAGGAAGCAAUUAGUACUAUACUAGGUUAUGUACAAACUGAACUUAAUAAUGACAGACUUACAGCAUCUGAAGAAACAGUAGUACUCCUUCAGUUACUCGAUGAUGUCCUAACUCAGCUUCAUCCGGAUCCAGUCAAAGCAGGAAUUUGUCAAAGACGGAGACAACGCAGAAUGAGGUAUACUGACACUGAAGAGAAGUACAGACUUACUGGCUCUGGUUUAUCUCAGUCUACUAGGUCCAAGAAACGACUCCCACUUGUUAAUGUUCCAGGCAUGGUCCUUUAUUCUGACGAUGAAAAUGAAGAAAUAGACAACAUGGUAAAAAAUGUACUUGAGUCGUCCUUCAAAGAAGAGGGAGUGAAAUCACAAGAACCUAUUCCUAAUCCUUGGUUUGUUAAGGAAAAUACUCGUUUUGAACACAUGAAAAAGAGGAAACCAUCUCCCAAGAUUACCUCUGAAUGCAAAUAUGCAUUGGAUGAAUGGGGUAGUGAUGAAGACAUCUUAAAGGAAAAGCCAUUUUUGAAAAAAGAGAAUUCACUGUUCAGCCAAGAUCAAAAGCAUCAAAUUGUAAAGACUUCAGAAAACAUAGUUAAAUGUAUUUUAACAGACAUGAUCAAGGAUCUACCUAGUGUUUCUCCUGAUCACGUAGGUAAUAAAUUUAGCAAAAAAGUUUCAGUUUUUGUUUCAGAAGAAUCUCAAGGACUGCCACAUCAAGAAAGCACAGACAAGAUAAUUUCCGUGUCAGAAAUUAAUGAAGUAGCUGAAGAAAUAAUAGAUGCUGUGUUAAAUAUACUUCAUAAGUCAUUAGUACACACCCCCACUACCACUUCAUCCUCAGGUCGCCCAACUUUUCUGGAUAGCUGUGAUAUUCCCCACAAAGUCAAGGUAACACCAAAUAAGCAGUCGAUAAACAUAUGGUUUGACAGUGAAAAGAAAAUUAAAUAUUUAUCUUCACUCAACACAGAUUCUUCAAAGCCUUCUUGGUUAAGAUCAGAAGAAAAGGAACCUCAACAUGUAGGUGACAUUACUGAAAAUAUCAUUAAUGCAAUUUUUAAUAGGUUAAGAUCAUUUGUUUGUCAAAAAUUGCAAGUGAAACCCAAACCUUCACUUACUGAGAAAUCUUCAUUCAAAUCUCAACUUAUUACUUAUACAACUAAAAUAGUAAAUGUUGUUUUACAUUCUAUCCAGAAUGAACUGGAGUUGAGCAACGUCAAACACACCAAACCACAUAAGAGUAAAAGAGUUUUUGCUGAUUCUGAUAAAACAUUAGAAUCACAUGUAACAGAUCUCAGUGAUGAUAUCACAACAAGUCCAUUGCUGAAUUUGAUUUAUGAGAUGCUGUCAAGUGGAAAUGAAGAUCAAAGAGGUGCCGCAUUUGCUGUAGACAGGACAACGUCUGAAACUUCAUAUGACUCUGAUGUUGAUAAACAAAACAUGUUGCCAAAUAUACAGGACAAAAAGGCUUUUCGUGAAUAUUUGGCUACUCCCUGUAUGCGCCACAGUAUCAUAAGUGGAAAAGAUAUCAAAGAGAAUGCUAAUUUACAAGUGUUGGACAGAAUUGGGGAAACACUCCAUGAAAUGGUAAGCAAACUCAUGGAUGCCCAUCCUGAAUCUAAAGCACCUUGUAGAAAACAAGAGAGAGAGAAGAAAAGAAAGGAUCAUCAAAUGAGUGCUACAUUGCAAUCCAAUAUUCAACUCACUUCCAAAACCAUUUUGGAAUAUAUUGUUGCAAAAUUAUGUAGUGUUGACACAAAUACUGAAGUUGCAAAUUCAGGAUGCAAGGCUGUUUUGGAAUCUCUUGACAUUGACAAUUUAUCAUUUGGUUCAAUUAUUGAAGAAAUGGCCAAGUGUACCAAUGUAAUAUCUACCAUACUUUCCAGCAUGAUGCAGGAGGAUAAUAAAGAGGUGAUUAAAAGCAAAGUGAAAGAUACUAUUUUUGUGGAAACCACAACAAACAUUUCCAAAGAACCGCACCCAACUAAACUGAAAUCUGUUGCUUCAGAUAUUCUUACCACAGUUUUUGCUAAACUGGAAGGAUUCACAAGUAGAAAUUUGGAAACUCAUGAGACUACUCAUGAUGACAAGAAAAAAGGCAAUGACAUGGACUCAAAAUGUGGAAAUGACAAUUCUAUGACAGAUACACCUGAAGAAUCAUUGCACAGUGCUUUAUAUGCCCAUGCAAAGAAGAUAUCAAGUGCUAUUUUGAAAGCUGUUCAAACAGAAAUAGGUGAGAAAUCAUCAGAUUUAAAAACAGGUAUAAACAAGCCACCUGAGACACAGACAUUCAUGAAUUUGGUUAGUUUAAUUUUAGAAGCAGUAUCCUCAGAUGAGUGUAAUGAAACUGAAAGUAGAGACACUGAAUCAUAUCACUACCAUCCAGUUUAUGGAAAUUUUCUUCCUGGAGGAGCUGAAUCAGAUUCAUUUUUCGACAAUGAUACCCAUACAGAAGAAGAAUACAUUGGAGAAAGAGCAGCACUAAAAGAGAAAACUAAAACAGACUAUCAACAACAGGUUCUAGAAAGAACCUUAAACAAAAUUGAAUUGAAGUUCAAGAAAGAACACAAGUCUCCAAUUAUUCCUAUUAUAAGAAAUAUUUUGAAUGAAAUUUUUCAAAACACUUUAAUCAAUCAACUGAAUGAACUGUCUCUAUCACCUUCUCAUUUGAGUGCCAUGCCUCACAGAGUUCAAGAGUCAACCACUCAUGCAUCUGACCCAUUUGUGAAUGAAAUAAUGGGUCUUUUAGUAUCUGACACAGAUGUAUACAUGGUGGCAAAUGAUGUUGUUAAAACUGUAUUUCAUAAACUUUGUUCUGCUGCCAUCUUAGAAAGAAAUAUAAGCAAAAGGAGAUGUGAGUUCAUCGCUUUUUCAGCAAAUGUUUCUUUUCAUGAGCAUAACUAUGGAAGGAGCUCCUCUGUCACCAUGUUGAACAGCAAUCCAAGCACUCUUCAGUCUGGAUUUAAUGUUGACAGACAAACUACUGGAAAUAUAGGUGAAGAUAUUGUAAAAUCAAUAUUAACAAAUUUAGAAAGUUUUGCUACCUCCAAAGUAAAUUCUCUCUUUUUUCCCCAAGUCAACUUCACAGUCCCAGUGACUUUACCCAUUCAGCAGGAUAAGACUACCUGGAGUAAAGCAUUAUCAGACAAGGACUCACAAUCAAAUGAGCAAUUUUCUUGUUGUAAGGCAGAUCAUGGGAAGUCAGACUCAUUGUGCCAACUCUCUUUGUCCAAAUUAAAUAUUUAUGCCACACAAGUAGCUAGGAAACUUUUACAAGGAAUCAAGCAUGAGUUAGAUAAAGAGAGAGAAAGUUCUUCCUUGGAUCAGAGCAUUGUGGUUUCUGAAAAUAUUGCAAGUCAGGUUGUUGACACGGUGCUAGAUAUUGUAUCAUGUCAGAGUAAGUGUACAACACCCAUUUCUGAUAAAGAGAAUGAUAAAAAUAUACAAAAGAGUGUUACUGGAAAACUGUUAGAAAAGACUGAAUAUCGAAAAAGUCUUUGCUUUCAAAUACAAGAUACCACGGAAAGUAUCUUGUACAACAUUUAUGAAAAACUUCAUAAUCAAAGUAAUGUCACACCUGCUCUGAAAUGUAGCACAGCUUUCAAACAGGCAGAAGAAAAUACUGAAUUGUUAAUUGAAGAUGAAAACAAGUUUAUUCCUAAACUUUCAGUUUCCAAAUCAGAUGUCAGUUUGCUCUCUGGUGAUAUAGUAGAUAUUGUUCUCCAUCACCUCAGUUCUGCUGUCACACUUGUUAUAAAUACAAAACUUCCUGAUGCGCCAAGAUUGACUUUCUGUGAUAUACUCCCAAAAGCAGAGGGACCACCAUCUCUCUCUAUAGAGUUAAAAACUAAAGAAAAUUCAGAGCAUUUUCUGUAUUCCAGAAGUAAGGAAUCAGCUACAGAUGAGCAAAAAGACACCAAGAGAGUUGUUCUUAGCCCAUGUGAAGAAAAUGCUAACUUCAUUACUGAAGCUAUUUUUAAUCGUUUAGAAUCUUUUGCCACUGAAAGAAUAGGUCUGUUAACUAAUCGUGUUAUGCAGCCUAAAGAAAAGUCACUUUUCAGCCAAGAAUUAGAAAGCUGUAAAGAAGAUGACAGCAUUCUUCAUGAGUCAAGCCAAGUAGAAUCUGGUAUUAAUAUGCAGAGAAUAUCAACACCCAAAAGCAUUCUCAGACAAGGGCUUCCAGAGUCCACUUUUGCCAGUUACACAGUAAAACCUACAUCCACAAUUCAUUUAUCACAAGCUAACCUGAUGGAUGAUGCUUACCUCCUUGCCAAUGCCAUUUUGAAGCUUAUUAAAAGUGAUUUUGACUUCAAAGUCCAAAGCAUGAAUCAAUAUCCAAACAGCAUUUUAUUUCAAGCAAAUAUUAUGGUGAGUGAAACUGUUGAAAGUAUCUUAAAUAUUUUGUGUAAUAGGAGAUCUACAAAGGAAAAUCUUAAAUUUUUACCAUUAACUGUAUCAAAUGAUAUAGGUCUAGGACAAAUAGCAAAGGACAGAGACAGCACUGUGUCAGUGUUCACCAAUCCACUACAUCAGAAACAAGUGGCAUUGGAACUGGAUAGCCAAAGAAUUGUUUUGGAAGAGAUAUUUAUGAGAAAGAAAGAAUCAAGACAAAAAGAGAAAACUGAAUUGCUCAGUGCAAUCAAACAAAUUUUGCAUACAUUGGAUCAGCGAGCCAUGGAAGUUAUGGGACAUUUGCCUGCAUUAAAUGAAGCCCCUCACAUUUUAUCUAACUCUAAAACAUCCGAUACAACACAAAAACAUUCCCUUCAACCACAUUUUUACAAUGUAGCAAAAGAUAUAGUUGAGAAUGUUCUGGGGGAAAUGUACUCUCUUGUUAUGACAACAGUAUAUAAAAAUACUACAAUUGCGGAAGAAGUAGAAAUUCAUGAAGACGAUGUUUCACCAGUGAUGUACACAGGUUUUAGAGACACUAAAGAAGCAAGAAAAAGAAGUAAAUAUGCAGAGAGUAGCAGUGCUUCUCUUUUAGAAGAUACUUUUUUGCAAUACUCACCUGUGCAAGUAGGAAAAGAUUUAGUCCAAAUGGUUUCCAAUAAAUUAACAAAUUUUAUCUCACGGCAUGUGGAAGAGAGUUUAUCCCCUGAAGCUUGCUCAAAUGAGUUGCCACUUGUUAGACCACAUAGUCAUAAAGUUAGUCCGAAGGGCAGCCCUAAGCUAGGUUUUAAGACAAAUUUAAAAGCAAAAGCGAAAGUCACCUCUUUGUCAAAAUUUAAAACAAAAACCCACGUAGGACAAAGUGCUGGCAAGGUCAAAACCAAGAUUAAGUUAGUUAACAGAGAGAAGACUCUGAUAGAUGGCCAAUCCACGGCUGCAAUGGGGCUGCCAAACAUCCUACCAACAGGAGAUGCCAAACACUUGCUGAAAACAAAAUUGCCCACCUUGGAACUAAUAAUGUAUGCCAAAGACAUAAUAAGUGUCAUUUUGGAAACAAUUCUAAAAGAACUUGAAAAGGUGACGGAAACUAGAGCAAUGGCAAAAAUGAAAACAUUACCAUCUGAUCCAAUCAUGGAAGCAAGUAAAAUAAUUAACACAGUUUUGCAAGAAUUGUAUGCAACAAGUAACCACAGUUUGGCUUACCCAAUAAAACUUUCUUCUCUGGAUUCUCUCAAAUGUUCACAGCAUACAAGAUCUUCUGCCAAAGCACAAGCAUGUUUUUACUUAGAAAACGUUUCCUCACAACUAGAACAGAUUUUUCCCAAGGAAGGUAUAUUAAAAAAAAUGUUUGACAGAUGGCAAAUGGAAACGAAUGAUAUGGAAAAUGAAAAAGUUAAAUUAUUGAUAAUAGCUGAAAAUAUUUUGAAGAAAAUUUCAGUAAGAGCAAAAGACUUAGAAUAUGCUAUUUCACUUUUACAUUUGCCAGUUCUUGAGGAUUGUGCAAUCAGAUUGCAUAAUCAGGUCAAAGAUAGUUCUACCAGAGCUGAAGAUACCAAAACACAAAUUAACAAAUUUGGAAGGGAAAUUGUGGAAAUGCUAUUUGAAAAAUUACAGCUCUGCUUUUUGUCCCAGAUGUCCAGUCAAGAUAACAAAGAAACUCUAACAAAUAGGAAAGAACACCUUACUGCUAACAGGAAACAGGGUUUUCCAAACAAGCAAGGCCCCGGCAGUUUACCAAUCUGUUCCAUGAAGAUGAAAGACCAAAUGUCCAGCAGCUCUAGACACCAAAUUGUGGAAGAAAUUGUCGAAAGGGUCUUAAACAUGUUAGAGUCAUUCGUGGACUUGCAAUUUAAGCAAUAUGAGUUUUCUGAUAUCGUGAAAAUGCCUAUAGAAAAUCUUUCUCAAAUGCAACAGAGACUAUUAGGUAAAAAACAUUUGCCAAAAUUACAACCACUGAAGAAGGUUUCUGAUUUUUCUGACUCCAGUAGUAUUAUUUCCCAAGAAAACAUACAGAAUACCCUCCUCGAGGUUCAUUUGUUUCAUUCAGAUUUACUUACAUAUGCUGUUGAUAUCGUCAGGGACAUGCUUACUUUAAUCAAGAAUAAACUAGACAAAGAAAUAAACCAAGUGGAACCCUCUUCAGUUAGCAUAUUGAAAGAGAAUACUGUAGCCAGUGAGAUCAUUGGCACACUAAUAGACCAAUGUACUAACUUUCACAAGUCACUGAUCAAAAACCUUCCAAACAAAAGUUUCUUUCCAAAAAAUGAAAAUGUUUACAUUGUUAAUCAGAUUGAAUUUGCAUCUAAAAUUAAAAAGCCUACAUCAGCGCUACACAAUGCUAGUUUGGAGGAUAAUCUUACACCAAGGAGUGGACCUGGUUUUGUGUUUAAUUCAGAGGAAGAUGCAGGGAAAAAAUACGGACUUUCCUCAAGUUCACACUCAUAUGCCAGUUCCUACAUACCGGAAACAAUUAAAAGCUCAGAGUCAAUGGAAAGGCCCAAUUCAAAAACUAUGGCAUCACGUUUAACAAACAAAUUACAGCACUACCACCUAAGGAAUUCUAACUUUGGACAUAGUGAUACAGCUAUGAACACAAUCCCCGAAGGCAGUGUCUUAAAAAAGCUGUUUAAGAAAGUGAAUGACUCCUCAGAUGAAGCUUUUAGACAAGCCAUGUCAUUCAUAGAGUUGGGAAAAGGUGGAAACCCAAAAGUGUUUCACUAUGAGACUCUAAAACCAAUGGUUGAACCAAAUGAAAUUCAGACAACAGUUUCUCCACUCAGAAUCUGUUUAGCUGCAGAAAAUAUUGUCAAUACUGUGUUGUCAAGCUCUGGUUUGCCAUAUCAACAGUACAUGAAUGACAAUAUGGAAUCAAUGAAACCAUUUUUCAUAUCCAGAGGAAGAGGAAAAAAGGAAGAGAAAAACUUUCGUAGAUUAUGGUGUCAACCAAUCAGCGGUAUACCAGAAAAAGAAAUUAACUACCCAGAAGCCUUGAGGAAAGAUUGCUCUUUACUGCAAAAAUGGCAAAAGAAGAACCCACCGAUAAAAAUAAAGACUUUGAAAGAAGUUGAAGUCAUUGCUUUUGCUGAUCAUGAACUGGGUCCAAAUGAAAUUCAUUUGGUAGCACGUCACGUCACUACAUCUGUGGUCACACAUUUGAAAAACUUCAAAACUAGAGUUUCCACUGAAGAGAAGAUAUCCAUUGUUUCCACACUGUCAAGGAAAAAAUAUGAAUCAAGACAUUCUCCAAGAAGCAUAUUCAAUAAUACUUCAAUUAAUCAAUUUUGUGAAUACCUCACUGAAUCAGUCAUUUGCAAUUUAAUAUCAAGCAUUUCUGAUGGCACCAAAGAGUGCAAGGGAAAAAGCAACACAUGGGAAAUCCAAGAAGCAGCAUUUAACACAAUUAUUUCAAUUCAUUCUCAAGUGCUUGAGACUAGGUCUCUUUGUAUUGGAGAUCUUGCUUUAAGUAUUGCUGAAAUCAUUAUUGACAUUCUUUCUAGUGGUAACAUUAUAGAAGCUGAUAGUGCACCACAAAAGUUUUCCAUGAAAAUCAAAUACAUCUACCGUCCAGGAGUAACUUCUUCUGAUUUUGAUAAUUUCUUUCAGGAUCUCUUAGCAGGUGUGAUUCAUGUAAUGUCCAGAGAAAUAGGAACAAAUCACCACUUUGGAAAUAAUGCAAGAAACAAAUCAUUUUCAGUAGUUAGAAGCAAUAGUAUGUCCAUUUGUAACAAAAGUAAUACCACUGACAGUCAAACAGGCACCAAAGAACGAGAAUCAUAUACUUAUCAAAUUGAUCAACUUGUUCAAAAAAAUAAAUUAAAUUAUCUAGCACAUAGGUUAGACAGCCUGAUUGGUAGCCUAAAAUCUCCUGAAUCCAAAGAGGUAGUCAAUAAAGUCUUUGAUAUUGUAUUAGAUUUAUUUUUACCAGAUGAAAACCCUGGUAGGGAUAUGGACUCUGGUAAAAUAGCAAAGAGUUGUUUCUCCUCUUCAAGUAUUCAAAGUAAUAGAAUACUUAAGAAUAACCUAGGGCUCUCCCCUAAGUCAGUUUUUCUUCUCAACAUUGUGUGUGAGAAGCUAAUUAGAACACUUCUGGAGAAAUACACAGGUACCUUCUCUCUUGAGAAUAGGUCUUCUAGUGAAACAUCAGCAGAAGGUCAACUUUUAAAAAUACUUCAAAGUAUGGAAGAUGGAGAUUUUGACUAUCUUAGGAGAUCAGUGGACUGUGAACAAUUUCAAGGAAAUUACAUGUCAGAUCUUUUGGAAAAUAUGGCAGAAAUUGACCAAGAUUUAUUGUCAUCAGAUUGUAUACUUACAUUUAUUUCCCACAGCUUAGUUAAGUCAUUGAUGGAGAAAUUAUCUAACAGUUUAGUACAAGCUCCUAAAAGCUCACGUUUUGAAAGCAAAUAUUUAAACUAUGAAACGAGAGAAAUGCAGUCCAAAAGGCCAGAGUUUAUAGAAUUAGAACACGUUAAGGGCCCUUUUGGAAUCAGGACUUGUGACAGCAAUCCUUCCGCCAGAUCCUUAAAUUCCAGUAUGGCUAGCUCUAAAAUCAAAGUACCAUGUGGCAAGAAAGCUGCAGUAAAACCUUUUUGGUCACAUUGUGGCAAACAAGAAACAAAGGAAAUGAAUACAAUGCCCACUCCUCACAAGCUAUACCAAAGAAGCACCAACACAGGUGUUUAUUCAGCUACAUUUUUGGAGGAAAUCAUUUCACAAUUGUUUUUUAAACUCUCAACCUCAUUGUGGAGAAAAAAUAGAGGCAUCAUGGAAGCCCGGCUUAAUAUGGUAAACACAUUAUUUGUGAACAGUGUAGUAAAUGAGUUCAAUAAUGCACAUAUCACUUUUCUACGGAAUGCUGAAGAAAAGCUUUGUUUUCCACCAGUCCAUACAGAAAUUAUUAGUAAAAUUGUUGAUUCAGUCCACUGUGAUGUUUUACAACUGUAUCAGUUAGAAGCCACUUACAAUAAUAAUCUGACAUGUGACAAUACUCCAGUAUCUGAACAAAUAUUCAAUAGCCUACUGUUAGAGAUUUUGGACUACCAACUCCCAUCAAGAAUCAGGAGAAGGUUCAGGCCUUGUUCCUAUUACCCUCUCAAUGCUGAAAUCAUACUUCGAAAACUUCAAAAUAACCUAUCAACAUUUGUUUCCCAAGCCAGGUCUUCAGAAGUCUAUAGCACUAUGUUACCACACUCAUUUUUAGAAGCUGUCAUCAGAAAACUUUUGUCUCAGCUACUUCCUCCAUCAAUUUUAUCAUCUUUUUUGGAGAAAAAAUAUUUACAACAUUCAGAUUUUAAUGAAAUGUCUACCUACAUAAUAAAUAAGGUUAUGUCAGCCAUUUCAAAACAUAAAAUCUGUUUAACUGUCUAUGAUAACCACAAUCUAUAUACGAGAGAAAACCUUCAAAAGAUGGUGGAUUCUGUUUAUAGUAAUAUUUUGCAAAUGUCUGACUCUCUUGCUUCAGUACAGAAAAGUAUAGUCAGCCGAAAUCCAAUUAUGAUUGAUCAAAUAGCCAGUUUCAUUAUCCAAGAGAUAAUUGAAUGUCAUCUCCAACCAUUUUUGUGUGGAGAGGUUCUCUCUCGCUCAAUGACACCACUAGAUGCAGUAUCUGAUAUGGUUAAGCAAGUUCUCAGUGAAGUCAUAGAAAGCCAUAUGUCCCAGAGCUCAUCCAACUGUAGUAUUUACCCUAAAAAAUUUGUAGGAGAAAUUGUUUCCCGGCUCUUGUCUAAGAUUUUUAACCCAAAGCUUAGCAGUGAAGUUGAGCUGGAAAACAUAACCAGAAAAAUUGUAAAUACGGUGCAUAACCAUUUUGACAAAGCUAAAACUCAUAUUCCAUGUAAUGUCAAGGCACAAUAUUUUCCUGAUAAUGAUACAGAUAUUGUGGAUGAACUUGUCACUUCAGUUUAUAGGAAUGUCUUACAGCAGCAUGGUUUCAAUCCUGAUAUUGAUGCAGAGUCUGAAAGUAGUGACAUUUUUGUAGAAAAUGUUAGCAAAUUAAUUAUAAAAGCUCUUUCAAACUAUCUUCUUCAUCCUUUGUUUUCCGGUGAUUUGUCAGCUUCUUCCUAUUCUAACUCAGUGGCUGAGAAUAUUGUUCAUGAUAUCCUUAGUAACUUCAGUAUAACUAGCAAAUCAAACCACAGUUUACCUCCAUAUAAUACUUUACUGCCAUACACAUUUUUAGAAGAUAUGAUUGAAACCUUAUUAUCAAGAUUCUUCCCUUUUGAAUCUAACAUAGUACCAACCAUGGAAAGUGCAAAGGAUAAAUCAAGAAUGAAUUAUAAUGAAAUGGCUUCCAACCUAAUCAGUGAUAUUAGGAUGAAAAUUUCCCAACAUGAGAUUGGUUUUUCAAAAGAUGAAGAAGAUACCAAACUUACUUAUUCAGAAAAUGAAGUUCAACAUCUUGUGGACUCGGUAUUCAAAAAUAUUUUACAGGGCUCUGAGUCUCAGGAAUCACUACAGCAAAGUAUUGCAAGCAGUAAUGAUGUCCUUAUUGAUAAAAUGGCGGGUUUUAUCAUAAAAUAUAUCUGUGAACAGCAUCUCCAGCCAUUUUUGGACAGAAAGUCAUUAGCUUCUCCCUCAUAUACCUACAGUUAUGAUGAAGAAAGACAAAAGUCACUUUAUGCCAGUGUUUAUUCCUCAACUCUCUUGGAAGACGUGGUCUCUGGGGUUUUAAGCAAAAUAUUUCAUAGGGUAGUAGGCAUUGUGCAAUUGCAAACCAUAAAAAAUUCAGAUGAUGAACUAUUUGAUAAAGCAGAAAAACUCAUAUGUUUGGUAAUAGAGGAAUUCUCAAAUGCCAAAGUUAGCGUUGUAGAUAAUGCAGAAGAACAGUUGUGUUUGCCUUCAGUGGAGAGAGAUGUGGUCAGAAAUAUCAUUGACAGGGUAUACAGCAAUGUUUUAGAAGAACAUGAAGUGGAAAUUAUAUCUGAUGAAGAUUUUCUAAAUAAUACAAAGUCAUUGGCUGCAAAGAUAACUAAACUCAUCCUGGCUGAAAUUAUUGAUUUCCAGAUUCACCCAAAUCUAAUAGAAAAUCUGCCUUUUAAGUCAUAUUCCAAACUCAGCAAAAAUGUUUUGAUAAACAGAGUCCAAUAUGAUAUUACUAAGUCAAGGUUCCGGAGACAGGCUUCAACAAUCUAUACUACUAUGUUAUCACAUAUGCAUUUGGAAAAAAUAGUCACCCAACUUGUGUCUCAAAUUAGUACAUUCGCUCCCAGUUCAGAACUUGCACAUACUUCUAAAUCAGACUUAAAUAAUACAGUCGUGGAACUGAUAAAUGAGAUCAUGUCAAUAAUUUCAAAACAUGCAAUAUGUAUUACUAAACAUGGGAAUGGAAAACAAAGUAUGAUUUCAGAAAGAGAUAUACAGUCUAUGGUUGAUUCGAUUUAUGCUGAUCUUUCUCAGUCAGAUCUCUACCGGUCUCUCACAAGAGACAGAAAAGGUAUAAGUAGUAUACCUGUUUCAAAAAUAGCAAGUUUCAUCAUAAAAGAAAUAUUUAACCAUCAUCUACAGUCAUUUUUAUCUGGAGAUAAAACUCUCCUUUCAGCUUCAGUGGGUCAAACUCCCAAACAAAAAGUAGUAGAGAUAAAAAAGAGAGAUUUGUCUUUCAUUGUGAAUUCAGCUGUCUUUUUGGAGGAAGUAAUUUCUGGGGUUUUGUGCAAGAUUCUUCACUCAUUUGUAUGUAACGUCUUGCCUGACACAAAUCCAGAGAGAGUAGAAGCCAAAAUAACUGAUAUCGUUACAACAUUAGUAAAAUCCGUAGUUGUAGAGUUCAUUGCAUCAGAGAUCUUGGUUGCAGAUGACUUGGAUAAAGAUCUGUGUGUCUCAGAGGAAUAUAAAGACAUGGUUGAAAAAACAGUCAACUCCGUUUAUGAAAAAGUGUUAGAUGAAUAUAAAUCACUGGUUAAAGUAUAUGAGGUGAUCCAAAGUGAUGCUACCUGCCUUGGAAGGAAGAUAUAUCAUUUUCUACUGGAGGAAAUUUAUGACUAUCAUGUGCAGUCGUUAGUUUCAGGAGAAUUAAUGACUUCUUCCUACACUUCACCUCGAGCUGAUAACAUCAUCAGAAAUGUACUUAGCAAAAUUUUGACAGAUAACAAUGCCCUACCAUCCUGUGUUACUGUGUUUCCUCGCUGUCUUCUAGAGGAUAUGGUUGACAAGCUUCUAGUGCAAAUCUUCCCUUCAAGUGACACAGCUCAUGAAGUACAGAAUAAAGCAGACACACCUGAUGAUGAAUUUUCACAUGCAGCUUCAAAAUUGACUGAGGAUAUUAUAAAAGAAAUUUUUGAACAUGAGAUCCGACUUGCCACAGCAGAGGAGAAUGCAGAAAGUAUGCAACUAGGAGCCAUUGAGAGUUUUGUUGACUCUAUAUGUAGUGAUAUUUUGAAAAAAUCUGAAUUCCAAGCUGAAGUAAAGAAGGAUUCAGACAAAAAAAGAGGAUCUUUUCUUAGUAAAAUGGCUGGUUUCAUUAUGAGAGGAAUCAUGGAUCACCACUUGCAACCAUUUUUAUAUGAGAAAGAACCAUCUUCCAAGGAGGUACCUGCUCAUCACCAGCCCACUGCAGUUAAAAAAUCUAAGAAAGAAAAGACACAGCCUUCUCUGUUUUCAGCUACAUUUUUAGAAGAUGUAAUUGUUGACCUAGUUCACAAAUUUUGUUCUUUCCCAGCUCUUCCUGAAAGUUCUAAGAAAAAGGAGAUGCCAGAGGCAGAUAUUGUAGGGAUGGCGAUCAAGUUUGCAAACUCCCUCAUUGGAGAAUUUAGGAAAAGUGAAAUUAAAGUUUUACCAAAUGCUGAAGAAAUAUUUUCUUUUCCACCAAUAGAUAAAGAGACAAUUGAUACAAUAUCUAACUUUGUGUAUGAUCAGUUCAUAGGGAAAUUGAGCUCUAAGGACCUUCAGAAAGAUAAUGGUAACAUUGUUAUAGAAAUGAUUGCUGGUUUAGCAAAGAAGGCAAUAUCUGCUUUCAAGAUUCAACCAUUAUUCUCAGGAGACUGGACUUCAACCUUCUUUUCAUUUCUAGAUCCAGAUAACAUCACUCAAAGGGUUCAGCUGCUACCACAAAGCACAUUUACACAGAUAACUAGAUAUGUAAAAGGGAAACAGCGUCCUUCAAAUCAACUGCAUAAACAAAGUUCUCUAAUCUUCGAUUCAAAAAAAAGGGUGCACAGUUUAGAAACCAUUACAGAUGCAAUGCAUAGUAAGAAAAUUUUUGACACUAAAGAAGCCUCAGAGAAGAAAGUAGACAUCCCAGAUCCAAUACUUAGCUCUUUAGCUGCCAUUAUGAAAAGCAAUGUGAUUAACCUGUCAGGGCCAGCUACAGGUGUUGUGAAUAAAAAGGAUGGAAGGAAACGGGAAAUUUCCAUCCAAAAGAAUAAUGAGCCUGUGUCAAAUAUUAUUUCUACAACUACAAACAAGAAAAUGCAGGAGACUCAGGAGCAUUUGAGUGAAAUUGAAAAGACAAAAUCAGCUCCACAACAUGCACAGAGUCAGGCUGACGAGAUACAGCAACAUUAUUCAGGAGCAACUAUUGACACAGACUAUAAGGAGAAAACACAAAGGUCAGAUUUUGAAGUAGACAUUGAAAAGAAGAUUGGCAGUCCUGGAAGCUCAAUAAAACUAGAUGGCAAGACCACUGAAUUACAUUAUUCAAAGAAGAUAAUUGAGCCCAAAACGAGAAAUGUGGGGACUACCACAGAGAAAACUGCAAAAAUAACUGAAAAGGCAAGCAAAAAGGAAAGAAGAAACUUUCAGGGUCAAACAGGUAUGGAUGAGGCACCAUAUGCAGAUUAUGGAAGUGUUCAAAAUGUCAUUGAAAACAUUUAUGACAAUGUUUUACAAAUGUCCUUCCCUGAAGAACAAUUCGAAAUUACAAAACUCAAAUGUAAAACAAGCUCCCUAGGGGAUAAACCUGGCAGAGAUUUGGCAUGGUCUGGCUCCGUUAUAACAAUGGACUUAUCCCCCUCAAGCCAUCAAAAAAUCCCUGACAAUGAGAAAGAAAGUACAGAGAAAGGGAAUGAGGAAAAGAAAGAAAAAGAGAAAGUAAGUGAGAAAGAAGUACAACGUAAGCUGAGUAAUGAACUAGACGCCCAAGACAAUAAACCUGGAGUUUUUCCUGCUAAAUUUCUAGAAGACGUUGUUGUUGAAUUGGUUAACAAAUUAAUCUUCUCUUCCUCACCCAAAGCACAAGUAAGUGAUAAGUAUCCAGAUGUUAAUAACAAGCAACAUCAGGCUUCUCUCUAUGACAUAGCUUUAAAACUUGUUGAUUCCCUGUUGAAGGAGUUUUCAGAUGCACAGAUUAAGGUGUUUAGGCCUGACAAAGAAAAAGAGCUUUUCUCAUGUGCAAGCAAAGAACAUUUGACUGAUGUACUACCUCCAAAACAUAAAGAACCAACAAAAGAAGAAUCUAGCUUUGAGAUGAAAAUGGAGGGUAAAAUGCCACAGACGUAUAAAUUGACUCCAAAAUCCUCUUCAGAUAUGGUAUCUGUUGUAGAUAAGGUACCAGAAAUGGAUAAAACAUUAGUUAACAAAGUUGUUCACUCAACACUUUGCAGUGUUUUGAAGGAACAUAGUUCUCAAGAAUCUAUUUGUGAGGAUAUCAAUCAUAAUGGGGAACAUUUUGCUCAAAAACUAACUAGUUCAGUGAUAAAUGAAAUUUUUCAGCAGCAACUUAACUUCCUAUUUGGUGAUGGCAUUCCAAUUUCAGCAUUUUUGCCUCUGGAAUCUAAAGAGAUUGUCAGAAAGAUCCAAAGAGUGGCUCAGACUGCCAGUAAAGAAUGUCAGACUUCAUCGCCAUAUACCAUACUGUUACCCUACAAAUUUUUAGAGGAUGUGAUUUCUGCUCUUCUAUUUAAAAUCUUCCCCCAAAUACCUGACACUAGCACCAGAGAAAUCUCUGAGGACAAUGCAUACACAGAACUCGAAUUUUGUCAAAUGAAGUUAGUAAGUACAAUUGCAGAACAGAUUGCCAAAGAUGAAGAUAUGAUUAUACAGUAUGUCGAGUCAUUACAUCCCAAUGAUGAUGAGAUUACUCAAUUAGUGGCACAGUCCAUUUAUAAUAACCUUUUGCCUCAAUUUGGAUCAGACGAGAUCAUAAAGAAUUGCAUCACCAGUGGAUGUAGGCUCCUUUCAGACUCCAUAGUCGAAUUAGUUGUACGGGAAGUGGCUGGCAAUCAGUUGCAGAACUAUUUCUCUGGAGAGUUAACUCCCCAUCAGUGCGCAGAAGUUGACAGUGUUGUUGAAAAUAUCCUUGAAAAUGUCAUCCGAACUGUCCCACCUCCACCCCCACGGGCUCACAAGCUCUCUCGUAAUGUAAUAGAAGAAAUUGCAGUAAACUUUUUAUCAAAGCUUUUUGCCAUGUUUCCAAAAGGGGAUAAGGAAAUAACCAAAUCUCUAGAAAUGGAAAUGGAAAAAAUGACCUCAAAAAUAUUAAAUUCAUUCCAAGAAUUUAUCUGCAAAAGUAAGAUCAAAUUUGCACAACCAGAUAAGGAAUCACCUGUACCUUUAGCUGACAAAGCAAUUAUUGAAAAAGUAGUUAAUGCUGUUUAUACCAAUGUCUUAAAACACUCUGGCUCUCCUACUUCUAUAUUUAAAGACUUGCUGGGGAAGGGCAAUGCCCUUUCUGAUAUAAUAGGUUGUUUAAUGGUGAAGGAAAUCUCUAAUUCUGAAUUUCAGCCUCAGGAAGAGGAAGAAGUAUCAAAUACAGAGUUAGUUCUGGAAGCUGUCAAAAUAGUAGAAAAAGUAGUCAAAAUUAUCAAUGAACUGAAAUCCCAGAAGUCCUCAUCCAGUAAACAUUCUCUGUUAGAUGGCCAGAUUUUAGAAGAAGCAUUGGCCCUGUUCUUGGCUAAACUACAAGUACUACCAAAUGCUGAAAGCAAACAUGCAAGCAUCUUAUCAAAGCCUGAUUUAAACAAAAUUGCAACUCAACUGACAAAAUCUGUAUCAACGGAAAUUGACAGAACUAAUAUUAGCCUUGUAACUGCCUAUCCUGGGGAGCAUUGUUUAACGCCACAUGAUAUGGAAAUGGUUACUCAGGUUAUUGAUUCAAUAUAUAGUAACAUAUUACAACAAUCUGGAACCCUUAAAGAGCUUUAUGAUAUGAGACGUGCAAAUACAGCCUUUCCUAAAAAGGUGGCAAGCCUGAUUAUCGAUGAGGUCUUAAAAGUUCAAUUAGACAGUGUUCUCUCAAGUAAUUCUGCCCCCUUUGGAGAGCUAGACAUCAGAAGGAUUGUUAAAAAGGCACAAAAUCACAUUGCAAGUGUGAACUCUGACUCUGAUAAAGAACAACAGUCAGAUGAAGAAACAUUUGGAGACUCUUUACCAAUUAAAAUAGUUCCAUAUAUCAGGGAAAAACCCAUCAAAAUUGAUCCAAACAUUGUUGCACAACACUUAGCAGUACUCUCCAUAAAAACCCAACCAAUUGAACAACUUCAGAUGGACUGUUUAAAGAGAACUGGACAUAGUAUAGCAGAACUGAGAAAAGCAUCAAUAACUGGGAGAAAUCACUCCUCCCUCUCAUCUAAUUUAGAAGAGAGGAUAAAAGAAAGACGGACCUCACUGGAUAAGACCGGACGACUGGAUGUAGCACCUUGUGAGGCUGUUUGCAGAAAUUCAUUUAUGAAUAUGAACAAGCCUGAUAUCACCAAGAUAGAGCUUUUAAAAGAUGUUCGAAGCAAAAAAGAUCUGAUCAUUCGGUUAGUAGCUCAUGAUAUUAAUCAAGUAUCUUCAGAAACAAGCGGAGACGAUGAAAUAGGUUCUGAUGAAGAAGAAUUGGUUUUAAGAGAGUUUGUUGCCGAAGAGGGUUUAAGAAAAAUAUCUGAAGCUCAAGAAAGCCAAGUCCUGAAGUCAGAAGAAAGCAAUGUAGCAUCACCUAAGUCAACAAUAAGUGCAAAGAGCCUGAGGAAGCUUUUAUCGCUAAGCAAUUGUUGUCAGUCUGAAAGUAGUGUGGCCAUCAGAAAGACUGAAGCACCCAUAAGGCGGGCUGUGGAAACUGAUGAAAGAGGUGUUAAGAGAUCUGUUGGUAUGCUUGACAUGGUGUCUUCCAAAAGCUUGGCUGAAGCUAACCUUCCUCGAGGGAAAAAAAUGCACCACAAGAAAGAAGAAUUAAUCCCAAUUAAUGAACCACCACAUUACCUAAUACACAGAAUUAUGAGUUCAUCUUCAUACAAUCAAGAAGAUCUUAUUUCAUCUGCCAGUGAAACAGAAGAUUUUAACCCAGAGGCAAAUGAUAAAGAACUAACAGAAACUUCUCAGGAGCAAAAGCCAGAGAAUGCAAACAGUGUUCAGUUUACCACCCUCUUCAAAGGAGCUAAUGUUGAUAGUGACACGGAGCAACUCUCAAAGGAAAUUAACUCAGUGGAAGUGGCCUCGGCUGCUGCAUCUGGCAACCAUAUCAGCAGAGAGAGUCCUGACAAAGGCACCGAGGUGGUACGUCAGCAGAUUCUACUUACCACCAGCAAGAACUGA